GCCGGUGUGUCGCUCCGGCAGCAUGGAGUAGAGCAGCAGGCACCUUCAAUGUUUUUCCUUUCUUUGCCAACUUCGUCAAUAAUGACACUGUUUGUCCAUUUUCUCAUAUAAUAACGUCAGAACAGGCAGACAGUAGUUGUCGCUCUCCAGCACACCUGGACAGACCAUGGAGCCUGUCAUGCAUCACGUUCGGCAGAGAGUUCUUCACCGCCUGCACAGAACCCGGAUUCUUCCAAAGAGGAACCAUUCAGGCUGUGCAGAGCAGGCAGCCGCCCCCCCCUCCACUCAGUCCAGACGAACCAAACCCCCACUCCUGGUGUCUCGACUCUACCAGCCUUCAAACCUGCGUGAUUUGGGACAGGACGGCCGGCUGCCAGGAGAGAUGACCUGUAAGAGCCAGAGGCUCAUGCAGCAGGCUGGCCUUAUUCACCCAUCCAACCCAGGCUGCUACUACUACCUUCCUGCCACCGUCCGCUCCAUGGAGAAGCUGGUGAGAGUGAUUGACCAGGAGAUGCAUGGCAUCGGUGGCCAGAAGCUGGACAUGCCCAGUUUGUGCUCCGCUGAUCUCUGGAAGACCAGUCAGCGCUGGGAUUUGAUGGGGAACGAGCUGUUCCGUCUCAAAGACCGACACGGUGCCGACUACUGUCUGGGCCCCACACAUGAGGAGGCGGUGACGACUCUCGUCGCUCACCAGGCGACUCUCUCUUACAGGCAGUUCCCUCUGCUUCUCUACCAAAUCACCCGCAAAUUCAGAGAUGAGCCGAAGCCGAGGUUCGGUCUUCUUCGAGGGAGGGAGUUUUACAUGAAGGACAUGUACUCGUUUGAUGUGAGUGAAGAAGCUGCUUAUGAGACGUAUGAAUCUGUGUGCCAAGCAUACGCCCGGCUCUUCACCAGGUUAGGGCUGCGGUGCAUUCAGGUGCAGGCAGACACGGGGAACAUCGGCGGGAAACUCUCCCAUGAGUUCCAGCUUCCAGCAGACAUCGGCGAGGACCGGCUUCUGGUCUGUGGGAACUGCUCCUUCUCUGCUAACAUAGAGACCCUCUCGUCAGACAAAAGAGACUGUCCGCAGUGCAAAACUGGCACACUGGUAGAGUCCAAGGGUAUAGAAGUAGGUCACACCUUCUACCUGGGUCAGAAGUACUCCCACAUAUUUAAAGCUACCUUCAGCAACAGCCAGAACAAGCCUGGUGUUGCUGAGAUGGGCUGCUUUGGUCUUGGGGUGACAAGAAUUCUUGCUGCAGCCAUCGAGGUGAUGUCAACAGAAGAGGGGAUCCGCUGGCCGGGUCUAAUCGCCCCUUACCAAGUCUGUGUUUUGCCCCCUAAGAAGGGUAGUAAGGAGGACGCAGGGGCAGUUUUAGCAGAAGAACUGAUUCAUACUUUGGGAGAGACUCUGCCUGGUUUGAGAGGUGAAGUUGUUCUGGAUGAUCGUACGCAGAUGACCAUUGGAAAGAGGCUGAAGGACGCCAACAGACUGGGUUACCCGUACGUUGUUGUAGUAGCACAGGGAGCUCUGGAGGAAACACCCCGGUUCGAGGUGAUCUGUCAGCAGACGGGCGAGACCAUGUUUCUCAGUAAGGAUGGACUGUUAGACCUACUGGGAAAAGUCGAAACUGUAUAAGCGACAACUCUGAAUGUGGAAAUAAAUGUUUGUAUGUGUUAGAGCUGUGUGUGAGGUGAUGGACCGAGAAUAUUACAUUCUUAUUCAUUUUGCAAAGUACACAGCCUGUAAUUCACACACGAGUUAAAACAGUGGCUUUAUGAUGGAUCUGGGAUUUUAAAAUGCUUUGGUUCCUACAAUGUAUUUAAUGUUCUGGUGCGAAUAAAGAUAUGAGCAUCAACUGAAA